CCGCUGCCGGUAAAAGGCGGCCGAGCUGCCGGGACCCUUCAUUCAUAUAUCAGCGGUCUCGCUGCGAACAUACGGCCUCUACAAGGAGUGCGGCCCUCCACACACACACACACACACACACACACACACGCUCACUCACUCACUCACUCACGAGACGGCCAGGAUAAGUAGGUCCUUCAGCAGCUUCGCCGGUAACGCUGUGCAUCAAGGCUUUCGUAGUUGGUUGAAAAUAUCGCCUCAGACGUGAAGGCUCGCGAGACGGCUCGCGAGACACCUGCCGAGACAGAAGUUUCAGAGAAGAAGUGUCAGACGCGGCGUCGCGAGUGUCGUCUUGGAGGAGAAGAUCAUGGGGGUCGCCUGUGUAGAUUCGUUUAAUGGAUAGUUUGGUUCCGUCUCAGAGGCUUUAAAGCGAUCAGUAUCAGCCAGUGGAACUUCCUCCGCCGCGAGGCUGCACGGAUACAGACCGACGAGCCGGCUGUCAGAGCUGAGCCCGGCGGCCCGGUGUGGCAGACCGACCCGCUUCACCGGCCGGAGGGAAGUCGGUCUGUGAGCAGAAAGCGUUCUCGACUCGCCGCCGGACCCGCAGCUGCAAAAGCAGCGCGACAAAACAGGAUACCAAUGGUUUUUCUUUGGGACGCCAAAUACGACCCUGCCCCCGGGCGCCGCUUCACCCCCCCCUCCUCCAGCCUGGGUUCGGCUAAGCUGGCUGAGGCUCAGGAGGCCAGUGGUGCCGCCCUGGUGGCCAAAGUCCGUGUGGCAGAGCGGAAUAUGGUGGAGGUGCUGUCUGACCACCCCGGAGAGCUUGUGCGCACCGACAGCCCCAACUUUCUGUGCUCCGUGCUGCCCACGCACUGGCGCUGCAACAAGACCCUGCCCAUCGCCUUUAAGGUGGUUGCCCUUGGCGACAUCCCUGACGGCACACUGGUGACAGUGAUGGCGGGAAAUGAUGAGAAUUACUCAGCUGAACUCCGCAAUGCUACAGCAGCCAUUAAAAACCAGGUGGCUCGUUUCAAUGACCUGCGCUUUGUGGGCCGCAGCGGACGAGGGAAGAGUUUUACUCUCACUAUCACCGUGUUCACCAACCCCCCUCAGGUGGCUACCUAUCAGAGAGCCAUUAAAAUUACCGUGGAUGGACCCAGAGAACCACGUCGCCACAGACAGAAGUUGGAGGAAUCUGUAAAGCCCGGAGCACUGGCCUUCUCAGAGCAGUUGAGACGGAGUGCCAUGCGGUGCAGCCCCCACCAGGCCGCCGCCCCCAACCCCCGGCCAACCCUUAACACUCCCCCUUUCAGCAGCCCCGCCCAUAGCCAGAUAGCUGACUCCAGACAAAUGCAGACAUCUCCAUCCUGGUCUUAUGAACAAUCCUACCCUUACCUGGGCCCUAUAUCUGCACCAGCUGUCCACCCAACAACACCAAUCUCCCCCAGCCGCAAUCCCAUACACUGUCCAGACCUGACAGCAUUCACUGACCCACGUGUAGGUCUGGAGCGCUCCUUCUCCUCCAUCCCCUCACUCCCUGACAGUCGCUUCUCCGAUCCCCGUGUUCCCUACCCCACUGGAGCCUUCACCUACACUCCCACUCCUGUCACCAAUGCCAUCGGCAUCAGCAUGUCUGCCAUGACCGCCCCCACUGGCCGCUACCACACGUACCUCCCUCCACCUUAUCCUGCUGGCUCCUCCCAGGGCCAAGGGGGACCCUUCCCGGCCAGCUCUUCACCGUAUCAUCUUUAUUACAGCACCACUGCUGGCUCGUACCAGUUCUCCAUGAUGCCAGGGGGAGGCGGUGGAGAACGUUCACCACCCCGGAUUCUGCCACCCUGCACCAAUGCCUCUACAGGCUCCGCCCUUCUCCACCCCUCACUGCCCAAUCAGAGCGAUGUUGUUGUGGAGGCAGAGGGAAGCCACAGCAGCUCUCCAACUAACAUGUCCGUUGAAGCAGUGUGGAGGCCAUACUGAGCGCUGGAUGACAGACUGACAUGUUGACCAAUAAGAAGUUAAAGUUGGGCAGCUGAAUUAGGUGGGCUCUCCCUGGAGCAGUGGACAAAGAACUCAUUUUACAUGGCAUGAGACUCAUCUUUGUUUUUCUAAAGAGUUGUGGAUAAUUUGUUUUAUUAUUAUUAUUAUUAUUAUUAUUAUUAAUAUUAUAAUUAUUGCAAUAAUAUUUCAACAUUAUGUUCCUAUUUGUCAAUGACACCAGCUCCUUCCAUUUUUACACAAAGACACUGACAUGGCACUCUCAUCAAACUUGAAAACUAAAACACAUAGCAAGUAAUUAGCCCUGUCAUAGAGCUGUUUCCAACGGAAUAAGUUUAAAACUGUAAACCACUAAAUACAACAGUGAAACAUGUUUAGCUGCCAAAAUAAAAGCUUGAUUCCAGGCCUGUCCUCGGGGAACUUUUCACUUAACCCAUUUAACAACUUCUAGACAGUACUGCCUUUUCACUGACGAUUGAGUGAAAGAGGAUUCAUGGCUGAGGAGGCCCAGCAUGAUGUCUAAGUUCAUGGCUGCUCGGGAUUAACUCUGAUUCACAGAGCUGCGAAAGCUAAGUCUAGCACUAUGCUAACAGCUCUAACAUUGGAUCAGUCCUCAUUGCCAUGGGCCGUUCUACUCGAGAGUUAAAACAGACAUUGUGCUCUGUGGUACAUGCAUUUUACAAGGCUCUUCCCAGUCACUGCCUUUCAAGGUCUACCUCUCUCUGCUGAAUUCACAAAACGGUCUACAUUUCAUACAUCCCCUUGAUCCUAGCAUAAAACAAUACGACGGACGGGUUCGGAUUAAAUGGAAGAGACUCUGUCCCCCUUCUGCUUUUGUGUAAAUAGACUGUAAACUAUUUCCUGAGAUCACUGGCCCAUAGCCAUUUCAUGAUGUCAUCGAGAACUUGACAUCCACAAACUAAAAACUAGUGUAAAUGCAGCUUAGCUUAUAUGUCUUUUUUUUUUUAGCACUGCUUUAUUUUGUGAAUGUAAAACCUUUGUUUGUGAAGAAGCUAAUUGUUUCUAGAG